UUUUCUGGCUAUAGUUUUUCUUGUACUAGUGAUUUCAACUCUAGAAAUGGAGAACAUCGAGAGUUUUAGAAAAAGAAGCGGAACCACGGAUAGGGGAAAGGAAUAUGAGGAAGUGGUUCUCGCCUUUGUUGUCCUAGAACUAAUAAAAGACGUCGAAACAAAGAAUUUUCAUGUUUCGUCAAAUGAAGAAGGGUUCGGAGCUUUUGAUGACAUAGUUAUUAAAACUGAAUCAAAUAAGGGAAAUGAAAUAAAAGCAGUUCAGUUAAAACACAACGAAAAUAAAAUAUUGUCCACAAAAAGUUUGAUGUCCAAAACAGGAGACUUCAGCAUUCUGAAAUAUUUCAAAAGUUUUCAAGAAAUAAAAAAAGAGGUUGACGAAUUUAUUCUAUUUACCAAUAGACCAUUUAAGUGUGACGACAACACAUCAUUUCAACUAGAAGAAGAGGAAUUUUCUAUUAUUCCUGUUAAAGUAAAAGCUGCUUCAGAACUUGCAGAGAUAGAUUCUGCGUAUCAGUUUAAGAUAAUAGAAGAAGAUUGGAAUGUAGAAAUGCGUCCCAAAAUUCGACAAUAUCAAAAGUUUUUUAGUAAAUUUUAUUUGUAUACCGAUCAAAAAAAAGUUGAAAUCCUAAAAAACAGUGUGGCUGAAAACUUCAAAACAACAUAUUAUUCGGAUCAGGAAAUAUUCGAAAAAUUCUUCAAGAGACUAUCUGAGUGGAAUAUCCAAGAAGGUAUCAAAGAAAAGUUAAACAAGAAGUGGAUGGAACGUGUAAUCAGUCUACUGCUUCUAUCUUCACAUAUUGAGCCCCUACCUUUUGGCUCAGAUAAUAUCAACUUCGUUAAAUAUAAAAUGAAAAUAUUUCGAGAAGCUGUUUCCUUAUUCGACAUUACGCUACUUGAAAAAGAAUCGUACGAAAAGCUUAAACCGGUGUGGGAUGACCUUAGAAAAGAAAAAAUUUUUGACUUUAAAGAAUUAAAUGAAGUAAGAAAAAGGUACUUCCCAGCAGUCAGUUAUAUUGAUAAUAAAAACAUCGACAAAAUAGAUCCAAGAAUAUUUAUUCAACUAUUAUGGUUAACAGACAAGUGUCCAUUAAUAGUACUUCAACAUGAGACCGUCGAAAAGGCCAUCCAGCUCUGUCCCGAUAAAAAGUUCAUCCUAAUUGGCGAAGGCAAGAAUGAGGAGUGGAUGGAAAACUAUGCCGUGUUCCAAAAUUUAUCAAACUUGAAACAGAAACCCGACUUACGCGAAAGAUUGAUGCAAAAUUUUACCAUAUCGAUCCAAGGAAAAGGAGAACUUAAUCUUGCAACAGCUUUUGAAAAUAGCGAAAAAUUCUUAGAAAGUGUCACAACGGACAAGGUGGUGGAAAUGCUACAUGGUCCGUGUUAUAUAGGGGGAGAAAAAGAGAUUCUUCCUGAACCUUAUAUUGAGCGGAAUCUUUCCCGAAAUAUUAUUAACAUUGAAUACCUAGAAAAAUUUUGGGAAAACACAAUUAUCAUUUUAAAUUGCGGCGAUAAUUUUGAUAAAGUUAAAGACAAAGUAAAGCAAUGUGAAUUAAUUGAUGUCUAUAACUUCUUACAGAUACAAAAUCAGAAUUUUGAAAAUCAAACAAAUGAACUUUAUGCGUCUAAAUUCAAUCCAACUCAAUAUAAAAAUAACUUUCAUUCGGAAAAAUCAAAUUUUAUCAAUACAGUUUAUAUAAGUAAUAGCAAUUUUAGUGAUUUAGAACUGGAACAAAUUUACAAUGAAAAUAGAGAAGCCAAACAAAUUCACUAUUUUAAACUUUCCAGUGAUUGUAACUUAAAAUGGGUUAAAAGCAGAGGCGAUGUUAGUGAUUUAGAGAUUUAUAAGUUAUAUGACAAAUACUGUACGAACGAAAAUAAACUGUGGUCUUCACGGUUAGAUAAUAACAUAAAUCUAAUAUGUGGCGAUCCGGGCAUGGGGAAAUCCGAAUUAAUGAAAAGCUGCAAAAAUAAAUGUUCACCGAAACAUUGGACAAUUAUAAUUAAUCCUACCGAUGUGCACUCAUUUUUUUACAAUCCUAAGUUUUCUAAAACAACUAAAUAUACAGAUUCAUUUGAAGAAUUUAUCGUAAAUGAAAAAUGUCGGUCGCUCAAAAAAUUCGAACGAAGAUUUUUCGAAAUGUGUGUAGCGAAAAAUAAUGUUGUUUACGUGUGGGACGCGCUCGAUGAAAUUGUAGGAGAACAUUUAGAAGCCGUUUCGGAAAUAAUCCUUGGUUUCUCAGCAAAAAGUUUCCUUCAGUGGGUUACUAGUAGAAGACAUUUACAACCAUUUCUAGAAAAAAAAUUCAAUGUGUUGGCACUUAGUAUAAAUCAGUUUGACGAACAAGAACAACAACAUUAUGUAAGAAAACGUUUAGGUUCUUCCAUUUCUGGAGACGAAAUUGAGAUCGCCGUCGCAAAAAUUAAAUCAUCGUUCGCGAUUAUUGAACACGUUAAUAUCUUGGGGAUUCCGCUUCAAAUCUUCAUGGUUACUGAAUUGUUUCGUCAAAACAGUGACAAAUAUUCGAAACUUAUGGAAAAUAUAUUUCUCUUGACUGAUUUAUACGAAUACUUCAUUGAUGAAAAAUUUAAUAAUUUUUUCAAACAAAAAUUGGGGUUUGUUUAUAAAAAUCCUCACAUGGUUAGUAGAAUUCGCGAAGAAAAACAGGAAAUUUUAGGUAAUUACGAAAGAGUGGCACUUAAAGUGAUAUUUUCGAAAGAAAUACUAAAACGAUUAAAUCUUGACUGUGAACAACACAAAGAAAAAAAUUCACAAAAAUGUGUGUCUGUUGGUCUUGUAAGUGAAUUCCAAAAUGAUGUGGCACAUUUCAUUCAUGGUUCUUUUGCCGAAUACUUAGCUGCAACAUAUUUUUCAAAAAAUUUAAAUAUCUUUUAUGAUAUACUUGGUGACUUAAUGUUCAAUGCAAAGUAUAAUAAUGUUCGUUUUUUUUUCGACAUGUUGUUAGUUAAAAAUUGUGAAGCUCAUAUUGCUGUUUUAUAUAAAAAAUAUGAAUUACUUAAAAGUUAUGAUGACAAAACUUUAACACGGAAAGACAAAGGUGGCAGAAGUGCUUUACAUGUGAUUUCUUCAUGGGGUCAAAGACAUCCGCGUAUAAAAAUAACGGUUGAAAAUGACAAGUGUAUUGUGCAUGAAGACAGCAAUUUCGAUAAACAAGCAGAAACCGAAGCAUAUUUUGAAACGGUAAUCUUUUUGCAGAGCAAAAAUAACGUUGAAGAACACGAUAGUUUGCUACAUGCGACACCGUUGUCUUAUGCUAGAAAAAGUGAGAGUUUAGGGGCGGAAAUAAUAUUACUUCAAGCAAAAAAAAAUGAACUCAAUCAUCAGUCAAAUUCUCCUAACGAUAUGAUUAAUAUUUUAUAUUAUUCUUCUUUACUUGGAUACGAUAAAGUAUGUGAGCUUUUUACUGUCCAAGAGAAGAAAAACAGGAAAAAUCGCGAGUACGAAACCAAAUUUGUUACUGCGGAAAAUGCUGAAACACCUUUAUUAUUAGCGAGUAAAAGUGGUCAUCUGAAAAUUGUUAAGUAUUUAUUACAUUUAAAUGACGAAAUUAACAAACCCAAGAAAUUUGGAGAGACACCGUUUCACGUUGCGUCCGAGAACAGCCACAAAAAUUAUUUGCAAUAUUUUUUGAAUGUCGGUGAAGAAAUCAAUCGCGGCAGUGUUGACAGCUCUUUCGAAUGCUUAGUGGAGGCAGGCGCUGAAAUAAAUCGAGGUAAUAAACAAGGUGAGACACCACUUUACGUAGCUUCUAAAAUGGGUCACGAAAAACUUGUAGAAUACUUGAUGACAGACGGCGCCGAAAUCAAUCGCGCUAGGAAUGAUGGUGCAACACCACUUUUGAUAGCUUCACAAAACGGUCACGAUAAAAUUGUCGAAUACUUGGUGACAGUCGGCGCCGAAAUCAAUCGCGCUAGUAAUGACGGUUGGACACCACUUUUGAUAGCUUCACAAAACGGUCACGAAAAAGUUGUCGAAUACUUGGCGACAGCCGGCGCCGAAAUCAAUCGCGCUAGGAAUAAUGGUGCAACACCACUUUUCACAGCUUCACAAAACGGUUACGAAAAAGUCGUCGAAUACUUGGCGACAGCCGGCGCCGAAAUCAAUCGCGCAUUUAAUGACGGUGCGACACCACUUUUCAUAGCUUCACAAAACGGUCACGAAAAAGUUGUCGAAUACUUGGCAACAGCCGGCGCCGAAAUCAAUCGUGCUAGGAAUGAUGGUUGGACACCACUUUUCAUAGCUUCACAAUUUGGUCACGAAAAAGUUGUCGAAUACUUGGCGACAGCCGGCGCCGAAAUCAAUCGCGCAUUUAAAGACGGUGCGACACCACUUUUCGUAGCUUCACAAAACGGUUACGAAAAAGUUGUCGAAUACUUGGCAACAGCCGGCGCCGAAAUCAAUCGUGCAUUUAAAGACGGUGCGACACCACUUUUCGUAGCUUCACAAAACGGUUACGAAAAAGUUGUCGAAUACUUGGCGACAGCCGGCGCCGAAAUCAAUCGCGCUAGUAAUGACGGUUGGACACCACUUUUGAUGGCUUCACAAAUCGGUCACGAAAAAGUUGUCGAAUACUUGACGACAGCCGGCGCCGAAAUCAAUCGCGCUAAUAAAAACGGUUGGACACCACUUUUGAUAGCUUCACAAUUUGGUCACGAAAAAGUUGUCGAAUACUUGGCGACAAACGGCGCCGAAAUCAAUUGCGCUAAUAAAAACGGUUCGACACCACUUUACAUAGCUUCACAAAACGGUCACGGAAAAGUUGUCGAAUACUUGGCGACAGCCGGCGCCGAAAUCAAUCGCGCCAAGAAUGACGAUGCGACACCACUUUACGUAGCUUCACAAAACGGUCACGAAAAAGUUGUCGAAUACUUGGCGACAGCCGGCGCCGAAAUCAAUUGCGCUAAUAAAAACGGUUGGACACCACUUUUGAUAGCUUCACAAUUUGGUCACGAAAAAGUUGUCGAAUACUUGGCGACAGCCGGCGCCGAAGUCAAUUGCGCUAAUAAAAACGGUUCGACACCACUUUACAUAGCUUCACAAAACGGUCACGAAAAAGUUGUCGAAUACUUGGCGGCAGCCGGCGCCGAAAUCAAUCGCGCCAAGAAUGACGAUGCGACACCACUUUACGUAGCUUCACAAAACGGUCACGAAAAAGUUGUCGAAUACUUGGCGACAGCCGGCGCCGAAAUCAAUUGCGCUAAUAAAAACGGUUCGACACCACUUUACAUAGCUUCACAAAACGGUCACGAAAAAGUUGUCGAAUACUUGGCGACAGCCGGCGCCGAAAUCAAUGGCGCUAAUAAAAACGGUGCGAUACCACUUUUCAUGGUUUCACAAAACGGUCACGAAAAAGUUGUCGAAUACUUGGUGACAGCCGGCGCCGAAAUCAAUCGCGCCACGAAUGACGGUGUGACACCACUUUUCAUAGCUUCACAAAACGGUCACGAAAAAGUUGUCGACUACUUGGUGACAACCGGCGCCGAAAUCAAUGGCGCUAAUAAAAACGGUGUGACACCACUUUAUUCAGCUUCCCAAAACGGCCACAAAAAAGUUGUCGAGAAUUUAAAGAAAGCCGCCGCUUGUAAAAGGAAUUCUACAAACCAGAAAGUUUCCAAACGGUUUUGUUGUAGUUUAAUGUAGCAAAUUUUUCACCUUAAUGGACAAAGCAUAGGUUUAGAGUUACUAAGUCAGUGCUGGUUAUUUUACAGAGGAUAUAAUUCAUGUAUCACGUGUUGUGAUUUGAUCCAAUAGAAAAUGUUAAUAUCCUGAGAUACACUCAGAACUGGCAAUAGGUAUUAUACCGCCCGGGACAAAGUAAAUAUGUACCGCCUUUCCACUUUGUUAAAAAUAUUUUUUAUACAAAUACGUAAAUACUUUAGAAAUACAUUGAUGAUCCUCACAAGAGAAAAUUGAAAAGUUAAUCGUAGAUAGUCACACACUUUAUACUUAUUUACACGGUCGCGCUGAUGACACAAAAUUUAAAAGGGAACUUUUCCUGCUUUAAUUGCAGAAAAUUCUCUCACAAGGUGUUUGUAAUAUAACUAGUUUUGUCCUAACCGUUGCUUGAUUGGAAGUAAUCGCCAAGUCUACAAGUCUUGUGUCAGGCAUUAUUCAGCGAAAGUAAUUUUUUAUCAGUUUUAGCUUCGAAAAACUUCGCUCAGCACUGGCCACACUGAUAGGUAAUGAUAAUAAAAUUCUCAGUGCAUCAACAUUAGGAAAAAAUGUGUUCAAUAAUAUGUUGUAAAAGACAUCCUCGGUGACGUAUUUUUUUAACAGAACUAGCAAAAACUUCCAGUUCAUCAGAAAGUUGUAUGGCGUCAAAAUCUUUAGAGUUUGUUUGCUCACUGGUUAGGAUAUAUUCUAGGAUUUUACAUUUUUCUAAAAUUUCCAUUUUAGGAACAGACUGGAGAAAUCAAAUAAUGAAUUGUUUUAUUUAACAGAAACGUCUAGAGUUUGAAAAAAAAGUCAACGUUGAAUUUUAAUAAUCCUUCUCCCAUUUGUCUUGUUUCAUGAAUUGUAAUGAGUAUUUGUUGAUCAAAUUCCUAAAUUAUUAAACAAUUUAUUACUAUUAUAAGAGCAGACAAGUAUACGAAUAUAACAUAAAAUAAGACAAUUGGUCUAUAAAAUAUACAUAACAGAUUAACACAAAUAUUCACGGUUAGUUGGUGCUUAAAAAUGCUCUUAUACAAAUAAAUAUUCCCUUAAUUUAUUCUUAAAAUCUUUUAUCCACAACUGAAAUAUUUUGUGGCCAUAACAUUACUGUUGUGAGAUGUUUUAUGGGCUUGAUAAAACAUUAGUGUCUUAUAUCGUGUCUUAUAUAAAUAAUAAGUUAGAAUUAUUUAGAUCUACUUUUUAACAUUUACAUUAAUAUUCACUUUCUUUUUUUGUUGGUGAGAAACCAAUAACAUCAAACGUAGCUCGAAUUGAAGUUUCACGGGCAGUUUCAUCAACACGCUGAAUUUCGACUUGUUCAACAUCUUGUCCUGGAAUCACUUUCUCUGUUUCAGUUUUAUUUGAUCGAGAAUCCUAAAUGUAAAUGUAGAAUCCUUAAUUUUUUAUUCCAGCUCAUUAUACUUUUUGUGUUUCGAUACCAUUCGCAAAAAUAAUAAUCUACUUAGGUCUGAAAUCAAUGAAAACCAUCACUUCAAAAUUUCUUUACAUCACCACAUCGCCUCUGCUUCUUCUUUGAUAUUCAUGACUUGGAAGGGUACUAAAUUGUAUAUUUUUUUGGCAACUAGUAUUACUGAGUUUGAUCAAAAAUUUAAAAUUAUUGGUAAGUGUUCAAACACUAUUACGAAUAAAAUAAGACCUCGAGAUAAAAUAGAAUAAUUGUGUUUUCCCUUUUAUUAAAUAAACAAAAAGCAAUGCCUGAGACCGUUUAGCAUAUACCUCCAUAUUUUCCUGAUUGAUUUUUGCAACAAUUUAAAGAUGCAAAAGGAUCAACCAAGAAUAUGAAGAAAUAAUUUUGUAUCUUCCAGCUUCGCCUCAUCAGUCACAAAUUCUAACAAAAAGAUGUAAUUUAUCGUAAAUUUAGCCCUAUUGUAAAAUGCAGUACAAGUGAAGAUAAAUACAUAUCUGUAGCAAAGUAAAGGUGUAUAGAAGAAAGAAGAAAUUAUGAAAUACUUCCAAUCUUCUAGAAAACAACAACUGACUCAAGUAAUAACGUUAAACUCUCCAAAAUGAUCCAUGACAUUUUGUUACGCUACACCGUGGUUGGUGGACUAAGUGCCCAAAUUAGACAAUAGGCUUAGGCAAUGGAGGAUCACCUUCAAGAAUUUUUUUUUCUUCCUGUAAGAUAGGACAUCGAGAGAGCUCUCUAGAGGUGUUACGCCGACCGUCUGCACGAAAAACUCUUCACGCGAAAGGAAAAAGCCCUAGAAGCCCUAACCGGUUCAGCACGAAGAGUCAGAGUCUACGAAAUUCGACCGUCUGAGAAAAACGACCUAAUUCAGUCAACGAGAAACAGCAUCGAGCUACAAACCAACGAAAAGUACGGUACAGAUGUCAAAAUCGGAAAAAUCCUAGUUAUCGAAAAACCAUACGAAGUGAUACCAUGAUUGUUGCUUCUGUUAUGGAUGCCUGGUGCUUUGCCAUAAUCCGACACCAUGCACCAAGUGGCACAGAUGGUUGUAUUUUAGCGAAACGUGCAAAGGAAAGGAUUUUCAAAUUCUUAGUCAGUCCAUGUAUCUCACUGACUACUGGCUGCUUGCUUUAAAAAUCACGCUUGUGGCAAGGAAUGACGAAAAUGACACCGAACCCGAUUGUAUCGUUCUGACAGAUACAAGGAAGUUGCAGAAUUUCUGAUUCACAGCAAACUCUAACUAUUGUCUUUGUUUUCUGCGAAAUUUUUCGUUUUGUUAAGAGAAAAGUCUACGUUAUUGAAGGAGAUCAGUGGAUGUGAGGAAAGGUUUAAAGAACUGUAUUUCUGGAACCUGUAGAUGUGUAAGGUCAACUAUAUCGGGAUGGACGAUUAGUAUAGUCACCAUAAAUAUGAGAGUCCUAUGUAUGGAACUGGGCUAUAUCCUCUAUUCAGCAUAUUUGUGGAUUCAUUAUGGAUCUGCAAUGAUUAUCAGAGCUUUUUCGCCCAUUAAGAAAGGAGAACAAUGCUUCAAAUCUUACGGCAUCACUUUUUCGGAACAUGAGCAACAAUCGCGGAAGGAAAGACUUCGUCAGGAAGAUUUUUAUUCAAUUAGGAUGCGAUCCCACAAGGAAAUAAUGGUUGCGAACAGAAAUCUCUCGUUACUUAGGUAUAACUGUUUUGUAAUAGUGUUAGUAGUAGAAUUAGCAAAAAACGACUUCAGGAAAUAGGACGACCAAAAAACAUUCGUUUGUUGUAUGUAUUUUUUUUGUAGAUAGUUAAAAAAAAAUUGAGUGUCAAUCGUGUCUUUUGUAGUGUUGCAAAGAACUGACUACAGUAAAGUUCAUGUUAGAUUUGUAUGUAUUUUGUAUUGCUAACUCAUUUUUCUAUCAUUUCUGUAUAGGUUAAGGAAUAAGUAAGUUCAUGUACAAAGAACAAGAAUUUUGUCAAGGUAUUUAAACAAUAUAAUGUUUUAUGGACAAGA